UCAACUUGCUCACAAUGCUGUCUUUGAAGAACAAAGCUUUGUCUUACGUCUCUGAAGCUGCUAGUACAAGUUGGCUCCAGGAACAUGUUGCUGAUCUAAGCCGAAGUUUAUGUGGAAUAAUUCCAAGUUUAAGCAGCAUUUUGCUUCCUCGCAUGAACCCAUUUGUCCUAAUUGACCUCGCAGGAGCACUGGCACUCUGCGUCACCUACAUGCUGAUUGAAAUAAAUAAUUAUUUUGCUGUGGACACAGCCUCAGCUAUAGCCAUUGCAGUUAUGACAUUUGGCACCAUGUAUCCUAUGAGUGUCUACAGUGGAAAGGUUCUGCUUCAGACAACACCUUCACAUGUGAUUGGACAACUGGACAAACUUUUAAGAGAGGUCUCCACUCUAGAUGGUGUUCUUGAAGUGAGGAAUGAACAUUUUUGGACCCUUGGAUUUGGAACUCUGGCUGGCUCUGUACAUGUCCGGAUCAGGAGAGAUGCAAACGAACAGUUGGUGCUGGCCCAUGUGACCAACCGCCUAUCCACUCUUGUUAAAACUUUAACUGUUCAGAUUUUUAAAGAUGAUUGGGUUAGACCAUCACUGGUUACAGGAUCAAUCCCAAGCAACAUACUGAAUCCCUUGGACCACAUCAAUAUUGCACCAGUUCCAGCUGUCAAAUCUGUGGAUGACAUGAACCCAAUCACCUCUACCCCAGCAAAACCAUCCAGUCCUCCUCCUGAAUUUUCUUUCAACACACCAGGCAAGAACAUCAACCCAGUCAUCCUACCAACUGCCCCACCAACUAGACCUUAUGGCUUAGGUCUCAAUUAUGGGAUUGUUUCAUAUGGAGGUGCUCCCCAUAGCAUUGGGAGACCUACAACAGGAAUGACUCAGGGCUUCAGAACUGGAUUGUUUAAUAUUCCGAAUAGGUAUGGAACGGGCACUCAAGGUCAUUUUAACCAGUUCAGGUCAUAAGCACAGUGCAGUGGUGCAUGAUUACAAAGGUAUGCUUCAAAUUAGUUCCUCUUAAAUUAAAAUGUUUAGCUGAGGAAUUUUUUUUUUUACCUUUGGGGUUCUAUAGUUUUGUGUUAUCACCUCCAUUAACUAUGUGAGAUCAUUUCUGGACCAGUCAUAUUUUGGGUUCUUAAUAUUUUUGCUUAAAAUUGUGCAUUUACAAACUCCAAAUGUACGUGGAAUGUGCAUUACACUUAAAAAAAGUUAUUUACUUUGUUAAAUAUUUAUGUAUUCUUUUCAAAGUGCUUAGGAGAAAUAAAGCACUUGGCUGGGAUUAUAGUUUUUGCCAAGCAUGGUCAAGAGACUCCCUAAAAUAAUUCUCCAUUAAUUUGACCAUCAGGCUAUGAAAGAUAGUGCCCUACUGACAAAUUAAUGGAUCUCCUCUCCUGAUUUAAUGCUUCUGUUUAAAUAAAAGUUCUGAAUUUGAGGAGCUGUGGUUCAUGAACAGGCAUUGAGGGCUCAAUAUCACUUAGGGAUGUUUUAUUAUUCAAGUGACCUCAAUGAGUUAUGCAAAUACCUUUUCUGAAGCACUGCAGCAAUUCAGUCAAUGACUCAGCUUGUGAUGCCAGUUUUGAAGCUUGCAGAUCAAUUUCAUAUUAUGUACUGUAACUAGCAUUGCAAGACUGACAUUGAUAGCACUAAUGAAAUCUCAACCAUUUGAAGAAAUGAAUAUGAAAUAUUAAUUCACACAGGAAAAUAACAAUCUUAUUACCAAUUUUUGCUCCGUCACCUCUAUCUAGUUCUCAAGAAAGGACGUGAUUAUCGCUUUCAGUAUUAAUAAAGUUUAAAAUUACAUGUACUUGCUUUGGAAAAUAGAUUGGGUGAAUAGAUUGACAUCACUUUAAGGGAAGAUUGGUCUGUGUAGCUCUUUCUGAAUCCAGGUUAUCCAUGCAUUAUGUGCAGAAGUUCCUUCAGGUAUUCAAGUAUAAGAUUUUGCUGUCUGGUUAUAUUCAUUACAAGUACUGGACUGUCACUAUAAGUAUCUCUUAGAUAAAACCCCCAUUCAUCUGUUAUGAGAAACAAUCUGUAUAAACUGUAUAGAUUCUUUUGUUCAGGGCUUUACUAGAGAAAUAUACGUGAAAAUAUUUUGUAUUUAAAUACUAUUGUUAUAACAGCUCUUACUAUAAAUAUAUGCUGUAACUUUCACUAUUGAUAAUAGGUGUGGUAUAUUUGUCACCAAAAUGAACAAAACCAGAUAUUUCUCAAAAAGAGCUGGUUCAGUUAUAAUUGAAGCAUAUUCAAUGUGAUGUGAACAUGCUAAAGAUGGUAUGUUUUGUUAUGUGUUACUGUUAUAUUGAACAGUAAUGUGAAAAACCAAAAUGAAAAACUGUAUGAUGAGCAGCAGUAAUUUUGUGCUGAUGAUUCAUGCUACAUUAAAAUGAGGUUUUAAAAAGAAGUAUUUAAAUUUUCAAUAAAUAUAAGCAUUAUUUUAAAAUGAA